CGCAACAGCCGCAGCGAUGGACUCGACCCUUAGCGAACCCCACAAUGGCAGCGGCCCCGCCGAGUCCCCCGCGGCCCCCAGCGCAGCCAACGGCACGGCGCGGCCGCCCUCCACCCCCGAGGGCAUCGCCCUGGCCUACGGCAGCCUCCUGCUCAUGGCGCUGCUGCCCAUCUUCUUCGGGGCCUUGCGCUCGGUGCGCUGCGCCCGCAGCAAGAAUGCCUCAGAUAUGCCAGAGACCAUUACCAGUCGAGAUGCUGCCCGGUUUCCCAUCAUCGCUAGCUGCACACUCUUAGGCCUCUACCUCUUCUUUAAAAUCUUCUCUCAAGAGUACAUCAACCUCUUGCUCUCCAUGUAUUUCUUCGUGCUGGGGAUCUUGGCUCUCUCUCACACCAUCAGCCCCAUCAUGAACAAGUUCUUCCCAGCAAAUUUUCCCAACAAGCAGUAUCAGCUACUCUUCACACAAGGCUCAGGGGAGAAUAAGGAAGAAAUUGUCAAUUAUGAAUUUGACAGCAAGGAUCUCGUGUGCCUGACCCUGAGCAGUAUCAUCGGCGUCUGGUACCUGCUGAGGAAGCACUGGAUUGCCAACAACCUCUUUGGCCUGGCCUUCUCCCUCAACGGAGUGGAGCUCCUGCACCUCAAUAAUGUCAGCACAGGCUGCAUCCUGCUCGGAGGCCUCUUUGUCUACGACAUCUUCUGGGUCUUUGGCACCAAUGUGAUGGUAACUGUGGCCAAGUCCUUUGAGGCACCGAUAAAAUUGGUUUUCCCCCAAGACUUGCUGGAAAAGGGGCUGGAGGCUGACAACUUUGCCAUGCUGGGGCUGGGAGACGUCGUCAUUCCAGGUAUCUUCAUUGCUCUGCUUCUGCGUUUUGACAUCAGCCUGAAGAAGAACACACACACAUACUUCUACACCAGCUUCGUGGCAUACAUCUUUGGCCUGGGCCUCACUAUCUUCAUUAUGCACGUCUUCAAACAUGCCCAGCCGGCAUUGCUCUAUCUGGUCCCUGCCUGCAUUGGAUUCCCCCUGCUGGUGGCACUGGCAAAGGGAGAGGUCACGGAGAUGUUCAGUUACGAAGAGACAAAUGACAAGGAGAAGGAGCCAGCCAGCGAGUGCAAAGAGGGAACACCGAUAUCGUCGUCGUCGUCGUCGUCGUCAACUCCCUCUGAGACGGAAAAGAAGGAGCAGUAAGGGUGGGCUUGGAGCCGGGGUUGGGGCCCUCCUGCCACCAGUGCAGGAGCUGUGGGAGACAAAGGCCCUGUAGAGCUGGGUGUUGAUGUUCUAGGCCUCAGGCCAGGCCUCUCCUGUCCCUUCUCCCUCUUGAGCCCAGCCAUGGAUUUUCUCUCUUUGUUUCUGGUCGUGUAUCUCCUGUGUCCUCCUUCCCAGCAUGGGGCAGAGAAACCCCAGCUACCUUUUGUGGGGAGGGUGAUGGGUGGUGAGAGGGCCUGGUUUUUAAAUUUUUUUGUAUUACCGUGAAUCCCUCUCUCUCACAUUAAAAGUCUAUGUCAAGUGAAAAGUGAGAACCAA